AAAAAAAGUGAGGAUGGAGUAAUAAAUACAUAAAUUCGCAAGCCCUACCCAGCACAAUCCGCCGCCGCCGCCGCCGCCGCCGCUGCUAGCUGAAUAUCCGCUUCUUCUGCCGGCGAUCGCCGGUCGGUUCGGUUCGAUUCUUGGGUUCGGUUCGCGUUCUUCCCCAAAUCUCUAACCCUAAUUUCAGCUAAUUUUCAAUGGAGAGCGAGUUCAGCAGCAAGGGCGACCAGGUUCCUCAGUCACUCGAGUAUUUAUCAAUUUCCGAUCAGCCCAAAAUGAGUGUGAAAGAGAGGUUCGAUUUAAUAAGGAGCAUUGGCGAAGAGUGUAUACAGGAAGACGAGUUAGAGAGAUUGUUAGCGAACAAGCCUCAACCCAUUUGCUAUGACGGAUUUGAACCCUCUGGCCGAAUGCAUAUUGCUCAGGGAGUUCUGAAAGCAAUUAAUGUAAACAAGUUGACUUCAGCUGGCUGCAGAGUGAGAAUUUGGAUUGCAGAUUGGUUUGCACAGCUGAACAAUAAAAUGGGCGGUGACUUAAAGAAAAUUCAAGUGGUAGGGCAAUACUUGAUUGAAAUAUGGAAAGCUGUAGGAAUGAAUAUUGAAGGAGGUCAAGUAGAGUUUCUAUGGUCUUCGGAGGAGAUAAAUGCCCGGGCUCAUGAGUACUGGCCCCUUGUAAUGGACAUAGCGCGGAGGAACAAUCUUCCAAGGAUAGUGAGGUGCUGCCAAAUUAUGGGCCGUUCAGAGCAAGACGAAUUGACAGCUGCUCAAAUUUUCUACCCAUGCAUGCAGUGCGCUGAUAUAUUUUUUCUGAAGGCUGAUAUAUGCCAGUUGGGCAUGGACCAACGGAAAGUGAAUAUGCUUGCAAGGGAGUACUGUGAUGACAUCAAAAGAAAAAACAAGCCUAUCAUACUGUCUCACCAUAUGCUCCCUGGUUUGCAGGAAGGACAGGAGAAGAUGUCAAAAAGUGAUCCCUCGUCUUCAAUCUACAUGGAGGAUGAAGAGGCUGCUGUGAACUUGAAGAUAAAAAAAGCUUUUUGCCCUCCUAAAGUGGUGGAAAAGAAUCCAUGUCUGGAGUAUGUCAAAUACAUAGUCCUACCAUGGUUCAAUGAAUUCAUGGUUGAGAGAAAACCUGAGAAUGGAGGAAACAAGACCUUCAAGACUUUCAAAGAGUUAGCUGAUGAUUAUGAGAGUGGGGAGCUGCAUCCUGGGGAUCUCAAACCUGCUCUUGCGAAAGCAAUAAACAAGAUCCUGCAGCCUGUCCGUGAUCAUUUUAACAAUGAUCCGAAAGCCAAGGACUUGGUGAAAAGAGUGAAGAGCUAUAAGGUGACAAGGUGAUGGCGAUGUGUAUGCUGGCAGGCCUGAAAUGAAUGACUCACUAUUUACUGCAUUGCAGAUUUUGGUGGUUCGUGUUAAAAAUUAGUCAACAUGGUUUCACUAAUUGAUCACCCUUUAGCUUUAGCUGGACAUUAUAUUAUAUCUCGAAGGAGGCAGGUAAUAGAUCCAUAUUUACAUAUUUAAAAAGUAACAUUGGAAUUGGAAUGAUAUAUGUAUGGGUGGCGGCGGUUACGGUGCUAAUAUUAUUUUAGUCGGUACCUUUAUAAUUUUA